AUGAUCGGAACAUCAGAAUUCGGGAUAUUUACACAUCAAGGUGGAUGGAUCGAUACGUAUCUGUGUGCAUGGUCGUGUCUCCGAUACAAUUUGCUUUCCUUGUAUCCUCACAUUCUGAGGUACCAGUUAGUGGUCCAGCUAUCUUAUUGCAAGCAAGUCAGGGAAACAGAUGAGGAUCUCCUUGCGACAAUUCUGACGAGAAGGAUUAAUCCAUUUUAA